CGCAGGACUAAGGAAGGGUCGCAGCCGCUGCUGCGCUGAUUACUCUUUCAUCGUCCACACAGCACAGCACAUGAAUCUUCGCCGGUGUCGUGUUGCAACCUCACAUGAAAGAUGAAUACUGAGGCCCAGGUUCACGGAUGGGAGAACUACCCUACGGCUACAGCAUCGACAAGUGGAAUGCUAGAUGAUUUUCACGAAGUCCGGGAGCUGAUAGGGAACUACGGAGAUCUAUUUGUCCAGAAACCGUCGGCGAUCCAUCUGCAGGUCUACCGAGCAAAGGAGGUUUACAAUGUUUCUUCCCUCGAAAGCUUAGAAUCCUUUCUCAAAGGGGAUGGAAGGGAAACCGAAGGAGAGACGAAAUUCUUUUUCAUUACACAGACGAAUUCAUGGACGCGUCUGCAGAUAUCACUGGAAAUGUUCAAGAUGCUCUGUCAUGUCCACGGUGUCUUUCCGCGAUACUUCCAGUCAGUUCUCAGAUUAAGCCUCAAAACUUGCAAAACGUACGAGUAUCUCGGCGGUGGAUGUUUUCGGCACGUCUCCGUGGCACCCGAUCAGCAUCAAUCGACAAUCUUCGAAGUAUGCUAUAAUCUCCGCAAGUUCGAGAGGCAUGGCCGUGAUGUACUAGACGAUCCGUGGUCGUGUCGACAAUGUGCCGUCUAUCAAAAAUAUACCACUGGUGCCCAUUCAUCUGCGUGGAUUUUCAUCCAGCUCCCGAAGACGACUAGGGAGCUUCUCGGACGAAUCCACGAAGCCGGCGAGGAUUCACUUUAUCGGGCGCCGGCCGCGCACCCUCUGCUUUUGCACCUUCUCCUGCUAUGGUCUUGUGAGAAGACCUGGGAAGAAUACAUCAGAUAUCUGGGAAACGAAAUAACUGCGAUUAACGACAAGACAUCUUUCCUCAACAACACCUACCGCGAGUCCGACGUGAAACUCACGCACUGCCAGAACAUCUGCCGUGUCCAAUGGGAGCUAGAGAAUGCUCUUCUACUUCUCGAGGCGAAUCUGGAUGUUGCCAACACGCUGGUCAAACACUCCAAGAGCAUGCACGAAAGUACGGACACGGGGGUUACACGGGAUACUCAUGCAUCCUUUCUUUCAGAGAUUGAGCAGUACCAACGCACGAUAGAGUGUCAUAUGCGGAAUAUUCAGAAGCACCUACGAUUCGCGACGGUUGUCAACCAGCUAACGCUGAAAAUCCUGGACUUCCAAAACGACGAGCUCCGCCAAGCGAACAGCAACUCUCUGAAAUCCCUCGCCUCCCAAACCGUCUCCGAGAACAAAGCGAUGGUGACGAUCGCCGAAAAAACGAAGGCACAUUCGCGGAUGAUGGCGGUAGCCACCUUGAUCGCAACAAUAUACUUGCCCGCAAGCUUCGUAGCGUCAUUCUUCGGUACCAAUAUGGUCCAGUACAACACCAAGGCCGAUGGAGAUGCUUCAUCCAUUACCGUAAGGAAGGAUGUGUGGGUGUAUGUUAUGGUGUCGGUGGUGCUGAUGGUUUGUACGACGAUAUCGGCAUAUUUUCUCACGAGACGUCUAAAGAAGCAGGAUGAAGCAGAUACGAUUGGGCUCUGAAUGACGGGAGUGGGAUGGGUUCUCGAUGUUGUGCUGUGCUUAAUUGCUUGCUUUAAUGUCUUUAUGAAUCGUUACUCGCUAUCUAUCGUAACUUCUUAUUUAUUUGAUGGAGGAGCUGUCGGCGAGAGGCGGAAGUGAAGGGGGACUCCAGUCGGCGGUGUCGGCGGGGGAGAACGAAUGUGGUUAGUAGUACGCAUCAACUUUGGCGCGCAGGGCGGGUCGUCUUCUUCUUCUUCUUCUUCUUUCUCUCUCUCUCUCUCUCUCAUCAUCAUCUACCGAAUAGACGAUCAACCUA